AUGACAGAUUUUUAACUUUGCCAGAAGCUGUUUUGCUUUGAAUAAAAAGGGUAGGACCAUUUUACAAUAAAUAUUGAGGUUGAAAUGUGGGAUUAGAUCAAAACCUAAAUUAUGAAGAGGAAAAUUUAAAUCAUAAAAACUCAAGAUAAUGAAACCAUUUAUUUAAAUGAUGAAAUAAUUUUGAGAGUGUGAGAAUAUUUUAUAUUUUAAUAAUAGCUAAUCAAUACAAGAUGCUUUAAUUAAUCCAUAAAACUUUACUAAUCUGGAGUAGAUCUAAAACCUUUAAUGGAAAAAAGAAAAUGAAAUAAACAUAAUGAAAAUUGUGAAAAGUAGGGCUUUUUGGAAUGGAGAAGUUUUUAAAGGUGUUGGUGGAUACUUCCUUGAUGGAUAAAAAUAGGGAUUUUGGAGGGAAAUAAUUGACAAUUAUUGGAGGUAAAUUCCAAAAUAAAAUAUUAAAAUAGUUAAGCUGAAGUAUAUGUAAUUGGAGAAUACAAUAAAAACAAAAAAGUUGGGGUAUGGAAAUACAUAUUUCAUAAUAACAUUAUGUUUUUAUUUAUUAAUUAUUUAGUGGCCUUGGAUAAUAUAAUUAUUAAGGUUAAAGAAUCGCAAAGUGGAUAUAGUUGAGAGAUAGAUUUUCGAAGUAAAGAUAACGGUGAAUAUUUUAGUUGAAGUUAAAUUACAUAUAUUGGUGAAUAUUAAAAUGGUUAAAAGAUUGGAUUAUGGGAAAUUUGGUAUAAGGAUUAUGAAACAAAAAGAAAUAAAUAAAUGUAAGGAUUAAUCUAUUCUAUGUUAUAGUGGUGGUGGAUCAUAUGAUAAGAUAAAUUCAAUUAAAAUUGGUAGGUGGAUUGAAAACAGUAAUAAUUUUAGGGAUUGUUCAUAAGUUAUUUAUCAAGGUCAAUAUAAAAAUGGUAAAAAGGUUGGUAGAUGGGAUAUUUUAUAUAGAAAUUAAUAGAGUGAAGCAUUUUAAUAGAUGUAAAAUUAUAAAAAUAAAAUAAAAGCUUAAUUUAGUGGUGGGGGUUCAUAUGAUGAUUAGGUUUAAGGAGAUUUAAUUAAAAUAGGAAGUUGGAUUGAAAUAAGCGAAGAAUUUUAUAAAUGGUCAUAAGUCACUUAUUAAGGAGAAUAUAAAGAUGGUAAAAGAAUUGGUAAAUGGGAAAUUUGGUUUAAAGAUUGCCAUAAAAAUUAGAAAAAAUUAAUGUAUAGAUUAAAAUAUAAUUCAUGAUUAGUGGUGGUGGAUUCUAUGAUGAUAAAAGCUCAACUAAAAUUGGGAAGUGGAUUGAAUAAAAUUUAAGGUUUUAUUAUAAUUCCUAAGUUACUUGGACUCGUUAAUAUAAGAAUGGCUAGAAAGUUGGUAGAUGGGAUAUUGUACAUGAAGAAUAACAGAUGUAUAUAUAUAUCCAAAUCUCAAAAUAUAGUGGUGGUGGUUAAUAUAAAGAAGAUGGAAAUAGCGAAACCAAGAUAGGAAAUUGGAUUGAAUUAAGUCAUAGCUUUCGGGAUUGGUCAUAAAUCACAUAUAAUGGCGAAUAUAAAGAAGAUAGAAAAGUUGGGAGAUGGGAUAUUUGGUAUAAAGAUUGGGAGACGAAGAAAAUGAAUAAUUGUAAUGAAAAUUAAAAUUUUUAGAGGGGGCGGGCAUUAUGAUGAGAUAAGUUCUAUUAAAAAUGGAGUUUGGAUUGAAUUGAGUGAUAUUUUUGAUAGAUAUUCGUAAGUCAUUUAUGAUUGAGUAUAUUAAAAUGGUAAAAAAGUUGGU